AUGCCCGAGCAGCGCGCUAGGAGGCUCUGUAUAUGUCCUCACCACGUAUCUGGACUCCCCAGGGACAUGAGCCAUACCGAAUUUUACCGCCAUAUCGAAGGCUAUGAUGAAAGGAAUAAGAAUAUACUGAAGACUUACAGCCAUAACCUCAAAGCUACCGGCCCUUUCCCUCAGAUGCCGCGUAAUCCAGCACGCAUACAGUCGACCAAUAGAGCUCCUGAGACGUCCGACGACGCAGCGAACGUACGCGAGAGCCAACGCGCUCGUGUGGAGGAAAUUGAGGACGAGGAUAUGUCCCCACCUCCACCUCCACCUCGAGAUCCUGACGAUAUUAUCAUGCGCGACGCCGACGAAGAGGAAGAGCCUGAAAUAAAUAAGCCCGAGGGAGACGAUCCGCUGCAGGACUACCAGGACUUCGAUACCCACCUCCCCGACCCUAUCCCGACCCAGAUAUUGAAGAACUCACCGCUAGCGCUCGUAUAG